AUGCCAGGAAAGCUGCACGGCCCGCCCAAUGAUGCGCCGCGCACGCUCGUCUACUUCGGCGGGGACGUGCAGGGGAACUCUAGGAGCGUACUCAGGGUUGCUGAUGCCAGAAAGGCUGCGCGCACGCUCGUCUACUUCGGCGGGGACGUGCAGUGUCCAGGGACCCCUAGUCGGUUAAAGAUCGCCCUGGGCAACGAUGCGGGGCGGCUAAACGACGCACCGCACACGCUCGUCUACUUCGGCGGGGACGUGCAGGACUACCCGGAAGUGAUGCAGGCGCACCGCGACAACCGGAACUACGCCAAGUGGAACCUGGAGAACACUGCGCGCAUGCUCAGCCUCAAUUUCCCCGCCACACACAUCCUCGUCGUGCGACCCUCUAGGAUAGAGUACAAGAGCUUCAGCUGCUACGACAAUUUCGUGCCGAGCAACAACGCGGGGGUGCCCGAUCACACUCCCACGCACAGCGCGCUACAUCACUUAGAAAGGUUACUGCAGUCAGUGACCACUCGACUAAAAGCCCUGCCCACUUCGGAAUUGCUAGAAGCAGUCUCAUCUAUUUCGCUGCCUGAAGAAAUCGACAUUGAAGAUUUACAUAACGCGUCGAUCCACGCGGCGCGAGACAGCACGCAAGAGGGCGGCGCGAGCGAACACAAGCCUGAGACAGACCCGCUGUGGUGGCGAGACACACUGUCCCUGGACGAGACACGCCUGACACUCGUAGGCUUCAGCAAGGGCUGCGUGGUGCUCAACCAGCUCAUCUACGAGUUCCACUACACCAAGACGCUGACGCCGGGCGACCUGCACAUGAUGAGGUUCAUCUCGCGCGUGGAGGCGAUGUACUGGCUGGACGGCGGCCACGCGGGCGGCAAGAACACGUGGAUCACCUCGCGCAGCCUGCUCGAGACGCUCACACGACUCGAUGUAAACAUCUACGUGCACGUGAGCCCGUACCAAGUGCAAGACGAGGGCCGGCCGUGGAUUGGACGCGAGGAGAAGGCAUUCACUGGGCUGCUGAAGAAACUUGGCGCCAAGAUCCGCAGAUACCUGCAUACUCAACCAGGCGCGGCGCAGUCCCUCCAGAUGCACUUCGACGUGCUCGCGCACUUCAAGCGCGUGCAGGACGCCGCGCCCGCCACGCCGCCCGACUCCGACGACGAGCACUGAACCGGCGGGACUACUGAGGGCUUAGGCCUCAGCCUCGAACUUAGCGGGCAGCGGGGCGGCGGCGGCGGCGGCGCGGGAGCGGCAGGAUCUUAUGCGUAAAAUCAAAUAGACCGGUUUUCGAAAACAGCGGCGCGGCAGCGGCGCCGCAGCGGGCACCGAGCGGGCAGCGGCGAGGGAGCGGGCAACGAGCGGGCAGCGGCGAAGGAGCGGGCAACGAGCGGGCAGCGCACUCCUUCUUUUGCCCACAAUAAAUCGAGCGUUAGGAAUAAAUUUGAAUCGAAAUAAAAUUGUCGCCGUUGUUCAGACAUUUCGUUUGCGAAUAAAAACAAAUAUCUCGACAACAUAACCCCGAACACAACACUUCGCCGCUAAAGCGCCGCGCGAGCUGCCCGCUUGUUUCGAGAACGGGUCUGCGUUGCCCGCCCCGCUCCCGCGCCGCCGCCGCUCCCGCCCCGCUGCCCGCUACGUUCGAGGCUGAGGCCUUAGAGUAGGCGCACACCGUUGAUUAUUCGUCGGCCGAUAGUUUAGUCGGGCAGUUGAUCAGUAUGGGCAUGUAUGGGAGUGCGCACACUACGCCGAUUCGAUUUGGCCGAUUCUUCAUACAAAUUAAAAUCGGGCACAACUAUCGGCCAACUAAAAAUCAACGGUGUGCGCCUACUCUUAGUGUGAGUUUACACCAAACGUCGUCACUAUAGCGGACGCGUUAAAAAAAAUAUAUGAAGAUCAAGAUAAGUUCUUUUAAGUUUCGCUAGGGGCGCUGAACAAUCCGUCAUACAUGUCACUUUUAUUUUACGCAGUUGACAUCGAAUGCGUUUGAUGUAAACUCACACUACGCCCUCUGGAGUUAUUUAUUCACGUAAGUGAGUAAAGAUGGGCGAUUGUGAAUGAUAUUAUUCGAUAACCUUACGAAUUCAUUCGAUUGUUCCUUCGGACUUUGCAAAAACAAACAUAAAAAGUGGAUUUUAUUUUGCGUGCGAUAGAGACCAAUUUUGUACGGCAAUGUAUUCACAUUCAUUCAUUCAAAUGAACUAGUGGUUUCGGCGCAUUCGAUUCGAUGGUUUCGGUUCCUUCGAAUAUCAAUCGAAAUUAUUUUAUUUUGCAUGCGCUAAAGACCAAUUUUUUAUGGCAAUGUAUUCACAUUCAUUCAUUCGUUCAAAUGAACUAGCGGUUUCAUUCGACUAGCAAUCGAUUGUUUUUGUAUUCAAUUGUUAAUAUUAGUAGUAUCAAACCAUUCGAUUAUUGGAAUCGACAACAAUCGCCCAUCUCUGUAAGAGAGCAUAAUAUCAGCGCUAAUAGAAACUGUCAUUCUUUCUCUCGCAUGCGGCUCUUUCGAUGUAAAGUUGCAGCUCUUCAGUUGUAAAAAUGUGUGUAUUGAACUGCUAAUCAUGUUCACAACAAUGUUUGUAUUGAACAAAACGUCCAAUUAAAUUGCUAAAUAGUUUUGGAAUCAGUCACAGGUGCGUCAAUUACGCAAAAUAAAAACUAUGAUAAAAAAAGAAACAACAAAAAUCUCCAGAAAAAGAUCCCCGAAUCGAAAUAAUGAAGAGAAUGUAUCUCAAAUUCUUGAAAACCCAUGUAAAUUACUCCCGUUUUCUUCGUAGGCGUGGUCAAUCCCUUUCUAUAAACAUGCCAAACUAGUUGUAAAUCCAGGUCUGUUUUUACAAAAUAGGUAUUUUCAUCCGCAUAAACUUGAAACAUUCAUAAAUAAAUAGGUUAAGAAGUUGUUCAUGAACUGGACAUUGAUUUUUAGUAAAGAGCUCAAACAAUUUGACAAAAUCGGUCCUCGACCAAGGUGUAUAAGGUGGUUUUCCAAUAAUAGAUCGUUAUUUAUACAUUUUAAAUGUUGUACUAUGCAAGUAUGCAGUGACGUAUGAAUUUCUGAAAGUCUGUGGCUGCUAUAUUUCACAGCUUCAUUCUCCAGCAAAAAAAGUAAGAUAUAGUUUUAGAGAUAGUAAACAAUCUCAAAAUUGAGAAUAAAUGUUAUUUAUUGACUAACAUAAUAAAUAUGCCAUUGUUGGAGCGUUGCUUUCGCGUGCGGUGUUAUGAUGGAGACAACGGUAUAUUAUAAUGUAGAAUUUAUAUGUAAAACAUUUUAGUAAUCCUAAUCACAAUGUGAACUUUACUGGUAUCAGGACGAAGCUCAGGGUAUUAUUGAGCACAAAAUUAUAUGAAGUAUGUAAAAGGGUCGCUUUUGUCUUUUCACACAAUAUUAGAUUGAAUGGCAAUUACGAACCAAUGGGAUCUUCAUUUUAGUAUCUUAUAAAUAUGCGAGUGUCCAGCAUUUUUAAGAGUAGAGCGUUCAAGAUACCAGUUUUAUACAAUUUUCGUAGCGUAUGCCAUAUUGUCCAAUAACGGAUUUUUACAUCAUUGAAAGUAAUGAGAUAAUUGGUGUAAAUAAAAAUUGAAACAAAUUAAAAUUAUUUUACUAAAGUAAUUUGGCGUUGUGAUUUAAAAUUGAGAUUCAAUUAAAAAGUUUUAUUAGAUGUAUAAAUAGGCCUAAAAUAAGAAAAAUAUUUAAAGCUACUUUGUGAGUGACAUAUUUUAGUUUAUUAUCUCAUUUUUUACAAUUAUUUCUAAAAUAUUAAAAAGACUCCAUAUUGUGUGUAUAAAACAUUAAUUGUUAUUAAAUGAUAAUACAUUUCUAAAAUGUAUACUAAGUUGUAAAAAAUCAAAUUAAAUCCAUUGAUUUUAUUAUUUCAAUUAUAAAUGUAUUCGCAUUUAUUUAACUUAUAUAAAGUAUCACAAAUGACAUUAUUUUAGUAUUAAAUUUAAAUACUAUCAAUGUGUGAAGAAACCUUCAAGUAUUUUAGCGGUAGUAUUUGUGUAUAGUGUAAAUAAAUCAGCUUGGACAACGCUUUCAUGAAGAUUGAUCUCAAGUUAAUCUAUAUGGCUAUGUAUUUUGAAAAUAAACCUAUUUUGAAUGUA